CUCUCGGCCUUGACCCCACACAUCUCCAACUCACUAGGGCCACUCAUUUUCCAUCCCUACCUCCCUUAUUGUAUCCACCUCACAGGAUCACCCUCGCCCCUUUACUCCUCACUCACCGCGUGAGUCACCAAAGGCCUCCCACACAGCCAGCAACCAUUCCCUCAUCUCAUUCCAACUAUCACCAUCAACAGCCCUCACUCGCCCCUCAUCUUGGAACUUCUCCUUCACUAGCCACCGCAUCUCCAUCUCCCAAUCAUCUAGCCACUCACCCCACUACCCUAGCCUCAACGGCAGCUUCCACCAUCUUCACCGUGCACCACCACUGUGAGGCCAUCGUGAACACCGUCGAGUCGUGGUCGUGCCUCCCAGCCUUUGCCGCGAGCCCUAGUUGCUGUCACGACUGCACCCUAACCCAAUCUCCACAAAGAUGCACGACGCUUUGCACCACCCAUCACUUCAGCAUGUUAGAAAAUGAGGCUAAGAUCAAGAGGAGGGGGUGA